AUCAAAUAUAAAAUGGCUACAGUAAGGGAUGUAUGUAAAAAAAUUGAAAGAGAUGUUGAAGACAUGCUAGAAAAAUAUGACAAAGAUGGAGACAAAAGUUUAACUCGUAGUGAAGUUAUUGAAUACUUUACUCAAAAUAAUGUUAAGAACCCAACUAUUCAUGCUGCAUUGAUCUUUAAAUUAUUAGAUGUCGAUAGAGAUGACACUAUUACAAUUAAUGAAAUUAGAAAACAUGUCAAUAAAAUAAAUCAAAAGAAUUUAGAAGAAGCUAUUACCCGUCAAGUAGGCCAAUAUUUAGAAAGAUAUGACCAAAAUGGUGAUUUCAAAAUCACAUUUGAUGAAAUGGUUGAAAGCUUGAUUAAAGUUACAAAAUUGGAUAAAAACACUGCUAGAGAAACUGCAGAGUUUUAUUUUAGCCAAAUUGAUACUGAUAAUGAUUAUGUUUUGACUGUUGAUGAGCUUAAAAAAUAUUGCUGCUCCUUAGCAAAUCCACAACAAUAAUUGACUGUUUUUCAAUGAAAAAAAAUCACUUUUAAGGUGAUAUAGUUAAUAUUAAUUAAUUAAUAAAAAACAAAAAUAUAAAUAAAGGUAUUUUAAUAGUUUAAU